UUUCGAUACGUUCUAGAAACCCUACAACCUACUACUCUUCUUCCCAAUACCACCCCACCUUAUCACCAUGGCUCCCCCAUCCGAAAAGCCCACCGAAGCCCCCACCAAAGACCCGAAGCCCGGUGCCGCCUCACUGGAGGAAGACGACGAGUUUGAAGAUUUCCCCGUCGAAGACUGGACGGAAGAAGACACCGAGCUCCCCGGCGAGAAUCAGCAACAUCUGUGGGAGGAGAGCUGGGAUGACGAUGGGGCGACGGAUGAUUUCGCGGCGCAGUUGAAGGAGGAGCUUAAGAAAGUGGAACCGACUAAGCGAUGAGAGGGAUAUGAAGGGACGGAGAGGAAUCUGCAGUUGCGUUGCGAUGCUCGUGGUGAUAGGAUGUGGAAUAGAUCGGGAUAUCCAGCGAGCGAGCGACGAUAGAGGGAACGAAUUCACGAUAUGCCUUGGCGGUACUUCGGGACGGAUCAGAGUUCGGAAGAGGAUCAGUGAGGGGAAAGAUUGAAGGCACAUUGGGCCAGGCGAUAAUAGAUACGUCGCGCCAGCUUCCGCCGUCCGGAGUUAUGCACGGUAAUAUGGCAUCGUUCUACCAAUAUCAAUUUUCAGU